GAAACCAACACAAACGACACAAAACAAAAAAGAAAAACACUUUCUAUUUUUUUUUUCCUCAACUGUAAUUCUUCAAAUAGAAAGUUCAUUAAUUUGAUAUUCGUAAACACAUUGAAAUAUAAAUACAUAGACAUUUAAAAAAAAGAAAAAUAAUAAUAUAAUAUAUCGUUGAUACCAAGUUGAAGCGGCGGAAACUACCGAAAUUUGUCGAACGUUAGUUGGGUGAUGGCGUCGUUUGGUGGUGGUCCUUAUGAACGACCAACGCUAAAACUCCAUUGACACGGUAUCUCGGGAGAAAGCUGGUGUCAUGUCGUGACUAAUCUCACCACAUUAAUAUUACACGGAUUGCCAUCUUAAGGAUCAUACCAGCAUCUAAGAUGGAUAUCGUUGAUCUGGAUAAAGUUUUAGAUGACUUUGAAGAAGAUGAAGAGAAAGCAUCUGCAUUGGUGCCAAGUUGUGAAAACAAGCUGAGUGGUUAUGAUCAGUAUUUACCGACUCAGCCGGACAGUCAUUGGGAGUUGUACAGUAGAGGUUUUGGUUCUAUCAGUGGUUCUCACCAAAUAGUCGAUCAGCCUGCCUCCUCGGGCCCUACCAACAUUGCCUAUGAUAUGCCUUAUGAAGCUGCCCAUAAAUUUGACAUUGCAGAAGCCAAUUUUUCUGUCUUUCAAAAAGAAUGCAACCUUCAGACGCCAACUUCUGUUGUGUCCGUUCAUAAUGAACAAAAACUCAAUUUCCAGAAUGGUUUAAAUGCAAAUAUUACGUCGUCUUCAAUAGAAAUAAAUAACGAAAAAUUUGAAAAUGGAAGUGAAAUGAAAGAGAAAACUAGUCAAGAUUUACAAGAUAAACGACCUUUUCAAGAAACUCAGCCCCCUGAACUUACAACUCCUCUCGAUGACAUUAUUAUAAAAACAGAGGCGUUUAUACCACGCCGCGUGAACUUGAAUUUGGCAAAAAACAGUGAAAAUGACCAGUCAUGUAUGAAAUCCGAAAUUGGUAAAAAAACCUCAGCUAGUGAUCUGGAUGCAAAGAAUGAAAUGUCUGUGGUAGAAGACUCUGUUGAAUGUGUUGCUAUUUGUGAUAAACAAUGUCUAGAGAAUGCUUCUGUAACAAGCAACCAGACAGACACUGUUGCUGGUGUUAAAGAUGACGGAUCUGUUGGUAGCAGUGUCUGGACUGCAUCCGACCGUAACGAACUAUCAAACUCUCAGGAAGAACCCAUGUAUGAAAAUAACGAUAUUGUGAUACGAAAAGUUGAGGAUAUGUCUGCAGUGUGCUUGAACAAUUUAUCUGAUUCCAUGCAGAACAGUCAAGAAAACCUGCCUGAUAUGGACAUAACUGAACCCAAUGCCUUGCCCAGUCAGGAUCUAAGUUAUGACAUAGAUGAUAACCCAGCAGAGGAUUCCUCUCGGACCCUUGACACGAAUGAUUGUGACAACUUGGUGCCAUUAACUAUUGGCAGUAAUGAAACAAACUUCCAAGAGGUUGUUGGUUUUGAUUCUAUAGAUAACGAAGAUGAAGAUAUGGAAGAAUAUCUUGAAAAGUGCUGUUCAAGUGAACCAAUCCCUUUGUCUGUGAAUCCGUCUGGAGUAUUAGUUGAAGCUGAGUGUCAUGUACAUUCUGAAAUGUCUGGCUCCCCUAUGGAGCUGCCUGAAGUACUUGGCAACGGUGUCCUACCUAAUGAGUCUGUAAUGUCAGAAAACUUGGAUAAACCUAUGGAUUUAUCAAGUGAUACUGCUGCUCAUAUAACAAAUGAGGAAUGGAAUUCUAUAGACAUUUCUAAAAGCAAUUCUGAUUUCCAGUCAGAGAACUUUGAACACGAAACUCUGUAUGUUGGCGAUUCAGAUUUACCUAAUAAUUCUGCAGAAAAUGGUUUUCCUUCUCCAACAUAUGUUAGUUCAGGAAGUUGUGAACCUAUUGAGAAUGGUUUCCCAAGUUCCCCUGUAGAAAAUGGUUUAAAUUCAUCAUUUACAGAAUGCCAUCAAUCUUCUACACUUGGCGCUCGACCUAAAGAACCCACUUUACCGAAAUUAGCACGGCCCAACAGCCUUUUAGGUUUGUCUAAAGUGUGUUUGGACACACCAUUCGCUGCUGCUACCGUUGCACACAUUUCAAGUCCUGUCUCUGAUGAAGACAAAUGUAAAGAUUCUGCAUCCAAUGGCUUUCCUGAUGCCACAUCAGAUACACCAGUGACAGGGAAUCAGAAAUCAAUAACUCAACAGCUAUUAAGUCCGCUUCAACACAAGUUGAACAAUAUGGACAUUAAACAACGCCUUGAAAACGAUACUGAAAUAGAAAACAGUCCCAAAUCUCCUCAGCAUAACUGUGAUGUUGUUCAUUUAUUGCCUUGUGACAGUUUACAGAAAGAUGGCGCUGAAGAAAAUAUCAGCUCUGUAGAAGAGAAUAGUGAAAUUCGAGAAGACCAAAAAGAACUUGAUUUUAAUAACCAACCAGAUACUUGUGUUGAUUCGAUACAAGUGUCUUCUACAGAGUCACAUUCGUCACUGUCAGACACAACCCUAUCACCAUCAGCUACAGUGUCAUCUGGGUCUGGAGCAGUACGACCUCAUUCUUGGAGCCCUUCAAGUGGUGCUUCUGUUACUGCAUCUUCUUUGUUGAAAUCAAAGCGGCCUACCAGCCUAAAUUUACCACAACGCAUCCGAGAAGUGAAUACUCCAAAUGAUUGGUCAGGUGGAGUAACAUCACAGACAUUUCCUAAUGACUCUGAUAAUUCUAGCAGUGGUUGGUGGAAUCAGAGUGGAAUUCAGCCAAUAUCAGAAGAAAACGAAUCAGGGGUCGAGAAUGCUUCACAAGAAUUGACGUCUUCACCCACCACCUCACAGUCAAGUCUUAGCGGUGAUGGCGGAGUAGAAAAUAGCGAGGAAGGAGAGUAUGACCAUUCCGAGCAGAGUCAGUCACAACAGUCAGAACCCAAACCACAGCAACAACAACAACAACAGCUGCAACAGCAGCAGCAGCAGCAGCAACAACAAGACCAGGAAGUAUCAGAGGGUGAUAGGACGUCCCAUUCUCAGAUUGGUGCUGUUGCUCCUGUGUGGGUUCCAGAUGCAGAUGCCCCCAAUUGCAUGCAAUGUGAAGCCAAAUUUAGAUUCACAAAGCGCAGGCAUCAUUGCAGGGCUUGUGGCAAAGUAUUCUGCUCAGCCUGUUGCAGCAUGAAAACAAAGUUACAGUACAUGGAGAAUAAAGAAGCACGCGUCUGUUUAGCCUGCCACCAACUUAUCAAUAUCAGAGAGCUGGCCCUUGAUAACCUUGUUAUAACCAAGUCUUGUUGUAAGGAAGACGUAAAAGCGGAGAACCGGUCUGGACGAAGUCCUAACCCUAAUAACCCCAGUGAGUACUGCUCCACCAUCCCACCAUUGCAACAAGCCAAUGCGCAUGUUCCAUUGCCAACCGUCAUGGUUCCAGUCGGUGUUCUCAAGAGAGAGGGAAGCCAACGAAAGGGAGAACCAAAACAAGUCAUAUUCUCAGAUGGUAUUAGACCUGGGGGUGAUCUAACUGAAGAAGCCGAUCACCCUCAAGAUUCCCGUUUACCCCCCAGACGGACGGGACGAGUACAGAAAAAAGUAGAAAGGAUAACUCAGGGCAAUGAUCAAUCUAUAACUCCUCGCACACGCUGUUUGCGGUCAGCAAACAGCCCUCGAAAUAAAUGUCACAUCCCGGAAAAUGGAUUACCACCUGUUUUAUUGUCAAGUAGUGGGAAAGAUUAUGUGUUUGAUGAGAAUCCUGAUGUGGAGCAAAUUUUAACUAAAGUUAAAAGUGAUGAACAUGAACCUGUGAUAUUUUCAAUAAACAAUAACCUUUUUGUGAGUGUGAAAAUUGUACAGUUGGACUGUUGUGUAAAUCGGACCUGCUGGGCUUUCACUACUAAAGGCAUGUGUACAGUGGGGCAAGAUGAAAUAGUUAUUGUACUGGAAUGCUUUCAGGAUGAAAAAAUGAUUCCAAAAGAUAUAUUUUGGCAUUUUCAUACUGUUUAUGAAGAGGCUUACAAAGGUAAUCCUGUAUCAGAUAUGGGUCACACAAUAUUCAACCAGAGUUUCCUGGGGAGCCGAGAUCAUGGUGGCUUCCUCUAUAUCAGACCAACCUUCCAGUGCCUACAGAAAAUAACUUUACCUAGUCCUCCUUAUCUUUUUGGUAUUCUUCUUCAGACUUGGGAAGCACCUUGGGCAAAAGUCUUCCCAAUUCGAUUACUUUUGAGGCUUGGUGCUGAAUAUAGAUAUUACCCCUGUCCCUUAAUCAGUGUCCGGAAUAGGAAGCCAGUGUUUUGUGAAAUUGGUCAUACAAUAAUGAAUCUCUUGGCUGACUUCCGCAACUACCAGUAUAUGUUACCUCAAAUUAAAGGGGUUACAAUACACAUGGAAGAUAAAAGGACUGUUAUUAACUUUCCUCGAAAUCGAUAUGAUGAUUUAAUGAAAGUGGUAAUGAACAGUAACGAGCAUGUGAUGGCGUUGGCAGCUAACUUCAGUGCAGAGGCCGACUCACAUCUUGUAUGUAUUCAAAAUGAUGAUGGAAAUUACCAAACCCAAGCCAUCAACAUUCAGAACAAACCGAGGAAAGGUACAUAUUCUGUUGAGAGUGAUGUGAAAACUGGAGACUUUAGUGCACAUGCACACCUACUAGGUAUUGAUGCUUUAUCACAGCUAAAAUUGACAGGUGCUAGCUUUGUUGUUUUCAAUGGAGCUUUGAAGACGAGUUCUGGUUUAACAGCCAAGUCAUCAAUAGUAGAAGAUGGUUUAAUGGUUCAAAUUAGUCCAGAUUCUAUGGCUGCUCUGAAACAAUCUAUGAAAGAUAUGACGGCAUACACCAUUGGUUGUGGCAGUUUGGCUAACAGCAUUCCUGACGAAAUUGUUCUUGUACAUUGGGUAGAGGAUGACAAAAAUGUCAAUAUAGGGUUAUGCAGUGUCAUUGAUAACAUGUCUUUAGAUGGUGUGGAGAGUAUACACAUUCAUAACAGCCCCGAUUACAUUGGAGAAUGCAGAGCCAUCCGAUGGACGGAGGUCUUCUUGAUACAGAACGAGGAGUCAACUUCGUCACGUCUAGAGCCAGUUGACCUUAGCCGCUUGGCUGAAACACUUGCCCAAGCCUGCUGUAUUGCCCUCACGCCACAUUUAGACCGAUUGAAAGAGUCUUCCAUCUCUAAACUUGGUCUCCGAGUCAACAUCGAGUCAGAACGGGUUGGUUAUGAAAUUGGAUCAAAUGGUACCAAACUACCUGACUUCUACAUGAACGACCUGGAUAGUGAACUUAUUCCUGUGAUUCAUAAUGCCACUUCACACAGCCAAGAUGGACCUAUUAGCCUUGAAUUGAUUUUCCACAUCUUGGACUGACAACCUGCCACAGAAACUAUCAUUCUCUCAUCCAUCCAUAAUAUUUCUGAGAUCUUUGCCUCAACCGAGCUAUUCAAAAUAGGUGCCGUUCUAAGACGAUAACAUUUAACCUAUGCUCUCAGUUAUCUCAACAGCAACAGCAGCGACUAAACCAAUUUAUCGGAGAGUUUCAACACACGAAAGAAUCACUUCUGUCCAAGAACAGCAACUUUGUAACAGUUCUUGGAUGUCUGCUUUUCUUCUCUAUAUCCCAAACAUCAACUAAACCAGUCACAUUUCUCUCAAUUAAGAAGAAUAGAUUUCAUCAUUGAUUUCACCUGUUUGCCACCAACCAGCUCUCUCUUGUUGGUUAAAGGUGUGUCAACUGACUCAUUCAUUGGUUUUUUUUUUUGUAUUCAUCAUGACCGUGUGUGUGUGUAUGUGUGCGCACGUGAGAAAUGACUGGUGUUUCUGCCUCAUGCUGGAGGGCCACCAAAUGACUGCUUUGUGAAUAUACCUUAACGUUUGUCACUCAAAGACAAUGACCAAGGAGACACUUUUAUUGUUAUUCAUUACCAUCAUCAUUACCGUCAAAAUUAUAGUUAUUAUUAUUAUUAUUAUUAUCAUCAUUAUUAUUAUUAUCAUUAUUAUUAUUAUUAUUGUUGUUGUUUGUGUGUGCAUGUAUAAGGGCAUGUGUAGAGACGGUUGUGUAUGUUGAUAUUUGACUGAAAUCACUCUGAUAGUGUCUCAAUGGCUAAACUUGUUUCCAUUUCCUAAUAUUU